UGCUCAAUUCAUGUAAAACCAACUCCACAUAAUCCCAAGGGGUUCACAUACUUUUUCUUGCAACUGUAUAUCACUGCUCAUUUUUUUUAACUUUUCAAUUUUUUUUCCUUGCAGAAUAAGGAGCCUGAAAACAUUACACAAGAUCAAUGCAUAGAGCUGGGAGGACUUCUAAAGGGCAACAGCUGUGAAUAUGUUCCAGAUGUCUUUCUUAUGUCUGCCAUCCUAUUUUUUGGUACAUUUGUAUGUACAACUUCAUUAAAAAGCUUCCAAACAAGCAGAUAUUUAUCUGCCACGGUACGCAAGCUUACUGGUGAUUUUUCAGUGAUACUAACAAUUGUAAUUUUUUGUGCUGUUGAUAUUAUGUGUGGCCUUGAAACUCCUAAACUAAUAGUUCCAAGUGAAUUCAAGCCAACAAACCCAAACAGAAGUUGGUUUGUGUUUCCAUUUGGGAGAAAUCCAUGGUGGGUGUGCUUGCUUUCUGGUGUUCCAGCAAUUUUAAUCACAAUCCUUUUAUUCAUGGACCAACAAAUUACUGCAGUUAUUCUAAAUCGCAAAGAGAACAAGCUGAAGAAAGGUGCUGGCCUUCAUCUGGAUUUCUUCUGUAUAGCUUUGCUGAUUAUAGUGAUGUCAUUUAUGGGUCUUCCAUGGUAUGUCUCAGCUACUGUAAUAUCUCUUGCACAUAUGAACAGCCUAAAAAUGGAAACGACGGUUUCUGCUCCAGGAGAACAACCAAAGUUUUUGGGCAUCAGGGAGCAAAGAGUAACUGGAUUGGCAGUGUUCAUUCUGACUGGAGCAUCAGUUUUUCUUUCACCG